AGAAUCACAACAGCUGUACAAGAAACCUCGGAAAAAACCUUCAAGUAGAUACUAUGUAAUAUUUGAAUCUUUCUCGAAAUCAAAAAGCAUCUAAGUCUUGUUACUUUUUUAUUAAAAAAUGCGUAAUAUAAUUUUAUGGUCAACUCACCGUUAUUUUGGUCUCAUGAUUGGCCACACUAGAUCUGUCACAAACGUCACUGUCAGUGUGUAUUCGUAUUGGCAUCGCGGAAUCGGCUGAAUUUGAAAAACCUGUUGCCGGUAAACAGUUUGUUCUGCUAAAUUUUAAUAAAAAAUGUCGGCUUUCCAUGGAUUCCCUGACUUACCGCCACCAGAGGAAACGGCACUAUGUAAAAUAGACGAAGUUUAUUGUUGUGCCGAUGCUCGCUACGGCAACAUUAGCACUUUUACGAACACGACAAAAAACCAUCCUGUUAUUCACGUAACCAGAGACAUCCACCACCAUAGAACCACAGAUGAAAACAUUUCCAUGUACAUUGAAGUGGAAGAUAACUUAUUGAAGAAAAUCACAAGCGUGUGGUACAAACAGGGAUUUUUGGAAGCAUUAGGCGUAGCCGCCGACCCUGGCGUAAAUCGCGAUGCUCCAUUACUCGCAGUAGCCGCAUCUUACGUUUUGAAAGUAGCAAAUGUGUUCACUGCAUUCAGAUAUUUUCUUCAACCACAUUUGAAGGACAUAGGGCCCAAAAUCGUGUCCAAUUAUUCUAAGACAAGAAACUGGGGUAAUGUGCCCGUUAAAUGCUUGUCAUGGCAUCCCCAUACAACUAAAAUUGCUGUGGCAACUGCUGAUGAUAACGUCCGUGUUUAUUGUUCUGAAGCUCAGUUUGUUUCAACAUUGAAGUGUAAAGUGCAAGGACACGUGUCUUCACUUUGUUGGAGGCCGUUCUCAGCAUCGGAGAUAGCUGUGGGCUGUGAACGGGGAGUUAUAGUUUGGACUGUGGAUCCCAAUUCUCUGUUCAUGAAACCUUCCUCCAGCAAUGCUGUUGUAUUAAAAAGGUCAGGCCACAGUCCAGUGACAGAUGUUAGCUGGUCUCCGAACGGUGAUCUCCUAAUAAGCUGCAGUGGGGCAGAUACAUCCAUGCUUGUCUGGGAUGUUGCCAUGGAAACAGCUGUGCCACUACGUCGAGUCGCUGGUGGUGGAAUCAUAUUUGCCCGGUGGUCUUUAGAUGCCAGCAAAGUCUUUGCUGCUACAUCUUCUUUAAUAUUUAGGGUUUGGGAGACCAAACGCUGGACUCCCGAGCGCUGGUGCGCGCGUGGGUGCCGCGUGGUAGCCGCGUGCUGGGGGCCCGCGGACCUGCUGCUGUUCGCCGCCAAGGGGGAGCCUGUGGUGUACGCGCUUACUAAUACGGGGCUGUUGAGCGGCGCCCAAACGAGUAAAGCUGUACCAGUAUUGGAUGUGACCAAAGUGGAACUUCAUUCUGGGGACACGGUGGGCGGGCCAAUCUUGGACAUGUGCUGGGACCCAACUGGGAAAUACUUGGCCAUUCUGUUUGAGGAGUCACCGCUGGUCACCAUCUUCUGUACUACACAUCUUAUGAUGCAGCUGCAAAUUACACCAUGUUGCUUCGUUAACGGUAUUGACAACGAGUUACCUUCAACUAUGGCCUUUCAACAAAACUUCACCAAUGGAGCUUGCCUCACGAUCGCCUGGUCCACAGGUAGAGUGCAACAUUUCCCUAUCGUAUACAACAUGUAGAUCAGACUAGGAUUGCCAAAAUCAAAGUUAAAACAGAGUUGAUCCCAGUUUCAUACAAAAUUUGAUGAUAAGUUACGUACAGCAGCAGUACGUAACAGCGAAAGUUGGUGACCAAAGAGUGUUUGAAGAUCUCUUACCUAAACUAAGGUGUGUGUGUGAUUAGAAAACCAUUGCCGGUGCACCAAACUUACAUAACAAUAGAAAGAAAAGAAAAUAUUCUGCUAAAUUUCUCCUAGUACUGAUUGUUUUUGAUAGUUGAACUGUAUAAUUAGAUAUCUGUGUCGAUUCUGGCAUGAUUUUCUAAACAUAAAACUAAAUUUAACAUCAGUCUCUCCUUUUUAUUCUCUAUAGAGUAUGACAAGGAUACAGUGUUGUCAAAUUUAAAUUUAGAUUUGAGAAUAAUGGCAGAUCGACACCAUUGAUGAAAAUUUAAAACCCUUAGAUGUAAAGCUAACAUUCAGAUAAGAAAAUCAAAUAAAAUCUAAAGGUUACAUAAAAAUAUAUAUAAAAAUAGAUCGGUCUCGAAAAUUUAAACGAAUUCGAAUGUUGGCAUAAAACUAUCAAUGAAAUUGUGUGUGUCAGUUUGUAUCUUGCAUUGUGGUGAAACUUUGUAAAAGAUAAUUUUAUGAUUACAAUGUAAAUUGACUCUUACUGUAAUUUUAAGUGAUAUAGUAAAACUGUAAAUUAUACUGUAAAUAAAAGUCGAUAUAAGUAUAUUUUUGUAUUCUUAACUCACUGUGUUUUAUUCAGAAAAUUACUUUUACUUGUAUGCAUUUCUGUAGUCGAAUAAGUAAUAGCAGAAGAUGCAUUUGUCAUCGGUGUAUCAGUAUUUUUUAAAUCUUUAAUGGUUGGUUUUGAACGUUGAGGCUGUGGUUUCGUACCACCAUUGGUAGAAAUUUGAUGGGUUGUUCUGGAAACACUGAUCUCUUCUAGGUUUCGUCUAUUUGCAUCAAUUAAUUGCAUGGUAAAACUUUCUGGUUUACUCCCCUUGUGUUUCUUACUUUUAUUCUUUUUACCUUUCCCAUGCUUACUCGUCUUGGUUUUAACUUUAUCGCUUUUAGUCGUUGUUCCUAAACGUGCUACCAAUUUAUCUUUUAUCUCAGUAUCCAGAUUCAUUUGUACUUUAACGUAAACACUGUUUUUGUUAUAAUCACCCAGCAUUAAAGUAUUGCUGCUUCGUCUUUCAAUAUAUUUGCCAUUGCAAGUUGUGAACUUUUCACAGAUGCUUCCUUUUACAACUUUUUUAAGAUUACCCAAAUCUAAGUCCAAGUUGACAUUUAAAUCUUGUGAUAUAGAUAGUUGCAGUUUAGAUUUAAGAGGUCUUAAAUUUUGUGCAAGAUCACUUUUAAUAUAAGUAACAGUGUUAUCUACUACUUUAUAAACGUAAUGCUUUAAUGCUUUUAAAUUAUCAUCUUUGCCGUUCUUCUUGUCCAAUUGAAGUACCGACGUUUCCUUUUUGAACAUUUCUACGACUUUCUGCUCUACUAAAUCACCUAUUUCGUUAACAGUCAUUACGACUGCAUUCUUUUCGUUGCUCGUAUCAGUAUUCACAUCUCUUACGUACAUGGAAGCGUAAUUUCUCAACGUACUAACAGCCGUAUUGUUCAAUGUGUUGUAAAAAUCUAAAAGAAAAAUUUUCAGCUCGCCGGAACAUAGUUUGAAAUUACCACAAUUUCCUUUCAUUGGAUCACCUUUUCUUAAUGCACCAGCAGCGCUGUCUCCAUUGCGUUCUAUGAAUUGGCACACGAUUUUGUAUCGGUCAGAUAUUUUUUCAGUAUCAUCUACUAUAUGUGAUAAAAAGUCGUGGAACUGCUCAAAAAACUGGUACAGUUUCAUACCUGGAAACUUUGCGUCAAUUUUGUUUGACCCCGCAGACCUUAAAUAUUGCUUCUUCAAUUGCGACCACUGUUGAUUCCACCUACGCGCUAUCACUGCAGAUUUUUCGAUGCCAUUCCCAUUUCUCGGCAUAGUGCCGUUUGAACGACUCUUCCAUGAGCACUGAUUGCCUAUCAAUUCUGCUAUCAUUUUGUCCAAAGUCUUCGUUACCAUGUGCCGUGUUUUCUCGGAGACCGAUUCCUUUAGCAGAGCUGUCUUUAUUUUCUGUCUCAUUUUCUUAUACUUUUCGAUGUCAGAUUUCAAUGGAUCCUGGCGUGUAAGUUUGUAGUUUUUAAGCGUUUUCUUUUUGUUGGCCGGAGGCAGGAACUCUAUUAUAGUUGUUUCGUCAUCUCCGUCCAACGUUAUGUUGUUAUUGUUUACGUUUUCGAUCGAAUCAUUUUCAUAAUCCUGCAAGUAUGGCUUGAGCUCUUCGAUUUUUCUGUUUAUAAGCUUUUCUAUGCUCGAGUGUUUGUGUGUUCUGAAGGUGGGAAUAUCUGUUUUCACGGUGGAGUUCACGUAAGGCUUUACGAUCUUCUGUAGAAAGUCGACGAUUGUGUCAAGAUCUGGUAACUUGCCUUUCACUUGGUAAGUUAGGGCGUGUGUUACUAGAAAUGCUAUCACCGCCAGUGCUGUAAUAGAAAGUCUGGUAUAUUUAAACGGUGAACUGUGAUUAUAGAUAUAAGG